UUGAAUCACUCAACAAGAAUGAGCAAUCGGCCAAUGGCCAGUCCCAGUCUAGGGAGUCCACAAACCCUCAGUUCAAGAAAAUGAGCGGAGACUUCCCGUCGGCCAACGGAGAGGCUGGUGGGGAGGCCCCCAAGGGCUACACUCAGGACCAGGUGGAUGCAGUGAAGAGGGUAAAGCAAUGCAAAGAUUACUAUGAAAUUCUGGGAGUAAACAGAGAAGCUUCUGACGAGGACCUGAAAAAAGCUUACCGGAAACUUGCACUGAAGUUUCACCCAGAUAAGAACCACGCACCAGGGGCUACAGAGGCGUUUAAAGCCAUCGGUAAUGCAUACGCGGUAUUGAGCAACCCCGAGAAGAGGAAGCAAUACGACCAGUUUGGAGAUGAGAAACUCAACCCUGCUCGGCACGGACACAGUCACUCGGACUUCCACCGCGGGUUUGAGGCAGACAUCUCCCCUGAGGACCUCUUCAACAUGUUUUUUGGUGGUGGUUUUCCUUCUAGUAACGUUCACGUAUACAGCAAUGGCAGGAUGCGAUAUACCUACCAUCAGAGGCAGGACAGACGAGAACAUCAGGGUGACGGUGGCCUUGGGUUGUUUGUCCAGCUGAUGCCUAUCCUCAUCCUGAUCAUUGUGUCUGCUCUCAGCCAGAUGAUGGUCUCCAGCCCACCCUACAGUUUGAGCCAGAGGCCGUCUGUGGGUCACAUACACAGGAGAGUGACAGAGCACUUGAAAGUCGUCUACUACGUAUCCGAGAACUUUGCAGAUGAAUACACGGGCACGAACCUGAAAAAUGUUGAAAGGAGCGUGGAGGACGACUAUAUCGCAAACCUUCGAAAUAACUGCUGGAAAGAGAAACAGCAGAAGGAAGGCUUGUUGUACCGGGCACGCUACUUCGGAGACUCGGAUCUGUACCAGCGAGCACAGAAGAUGGGCACCCCCAGCUGUAGCAGACUGUCAGACGUUCAAGCCUCUCUGCAAGCCUCUCUGCAUGGAUAGUCACCGCCUGCCCGCUCAGCAGAGACUCGAAAUGCCUGAAGACUUUUGGUGAACUGCACUGAGCCGAGGUGACAGACUUGAUAUUUAAAAGAAUCAAACCCUAUCGUAAAAAUGGAAUUGGAGAAUUAGCAACGCACAACUGCCCUCUUUCUUCUCUCUGCCUGUCUCUGCCGUUUGACCUGCGUCUCGGGCAGCGAUUGGGACAGGAAAUCAAGCUGCCCAUCUUCCUCCUUCC